CUCAAAAUUGAGGUUGCAGAUUUCCCCAAAAUGAGAAAGAGAGAUUAAUGACUUUAUUAAUACCGGUCGAUUGGACUGUGCAAUUCGUGAGUCAUGCAAAAUUACUACAUUGUAGGUUGCACUAUCCUUGUAGCUGUGCUAUGGCAGGUUGGAUUUCUCCAUAGCCUCUACUGGACAAUAUGGAACUUUUUUGUUGUACUACUGGGGAUUUUCUCAGGGGUAAUGCUAUACCUCCUCUCUGGUAAACAACGAAACCCAUCGACACCAAGACUUCCAAAGAAAGUUGAAACAGUCAGACGUUUUCUGGCUAAGCUUACGCGAAGUCAAACGCAUAAACCUUACAAGCACAAGACGGUUGUUUCAAGACCUGUCGACAAAGCCAUCCAGGAGGUGUUUGACUUGUUCAUCCGUGAUUUUUGCCUAUCUUGGUUUCGCGAUUUGGGUAAAGAUGAAGCUGCCUUUGUCGAUAUACUUACUGAAGAGCUGUGGGUUGUGACGGCGAAUCUUGUGGACAGGUUAAAAUGUGUUGACACCGUGAAAUUCUUGUCGAAUGACGUGGUUGAAAUUCUCAGCAGACACUUCCAACAGCUGCGACUCGCAGACACCCGAGCCUUUUCUGAUAAUGCGAUUCACUUUGUUCUCCAUCCAUGCCUCACGAGUCGAGCUGCAGAGCUUGAUUAUCUCCGCAAAGCCUCCGAGGUUAUGCUUUGUUGUCUUCUUCCUCAAAAGAAUUCACGUUGUUCCACAAUGCGAUACCUUUUGCGCGAGAUUUUAGCGUUCUCUGUCUUCCAGCCUCUGGCCGACAUGUUGUGCGAUCCUGACUAUAUAAACCAAACCCUUCUUGUCCAUUUGGAGGCCAAAGAAGCUCUCACAGCUCAGCACAAGCAAGGCUAUGCUUAUGCAGAAACUUAUGAAGACUUCAUCAAGAUGAUCAAUACAUCAAAUUCAGUUGAAGCUUUGAAACAAAUUAGGUAUCACAUAAUUGCAGAAAUCAUGCAGGCAACUACAAUUAACAACUUAAAGGGAAUUGACCAGUUUGGACAAGAUGACAAACAGGGAAAAGCCCUGAAGAAAGAUACUCAACUGAGAGCUAGGAAUCUAAAACGUUACAUCAACCAGUGUACUGUGGCUAAAGCUCAGUGUGAACGUCGAAUCAAAAUGUUAGGGGGACCUGAUUACACUAAUAAUGGAGGGACAGACAUAAUACAGACUAGACAAGAGAAAGUCAAGCUUACUAAAAAAUUGAGUGCAAAAUCUCAAGCCAAAGUGUUAGGCUUUCCUGAGGUGAUGGAUAACAGCUUGGCAAGGAGCUUUUUUAUGCUGUUCCUUCAAAAUAAAACUGGCAGCAAAAAUAUGCUUAGUUUCUGGAUGGCUGUCGAGAAUCUUAAGUUAGUAAAAUACACUGAACUGCAUGAAAGUGCACAAGAAAUCUACCAAGUUUAUGUUGCACCAUCAUCAGACAAAUCUGUGAUGUUGGACACUACUUUGGUGAGAGGAAUGGAGCAGUACCUGCAUGGUACCCAUGGACUCCAAGGGUUCUUUGAUGCACAGAAGAAAGUUUAUAAAACUUUAGAGGAAAGGUUUUACCGCAAGUUUGUGCUAAGUGAAGAGUACUUCAUGUUUGUUUUGCAAUCAGAAGCAGAGUUAGAUGAUUUGCGUGCUCAACACAGGGAGGAUGAUGACCUGGAUUUGAAUUGGAAUGAUGAAUUUGAUUUGGAUACAACUGAUGAAGAUGUUGGAACAGAAAGUGAUGGCACUCCAAAGCUUGCACGUAAACCAAGUACUGUAGAAGAACGGAGUGAAGCAAUUGUCCGUAAGUUAGAGGUUCUUGAUCAAAGACUUGCCUCAAAGACACAACAAUUGGAACUUGUGAAAAGAAGUUAUGGAGCUGAGGUCGAGGAAAUGGAAUAUCUUACUGGUGAGAUUGAAAAGUUGAAAAUAGAAAGAAUGCAGCUGGAGUUUCAUGUGGAGAGAACAGAUCAAUGGUGUGAAAACUUAGGGAUGUGGAAGAUAGAAAUACCUAGUGUAGAGUGGAAUAUAGAUGGUGAGAGGUCAGUACCUGUGUAUGCUAUAGUGGUUCACAGUGCUGGUGAGAAGUCUCAGUCAGCUGGCAGAUCACAAGAGGGAGAUGGAAAUCUCAAUUCAGAAGGCUGGGUUGUAACUAGGAAGUUCAAAGAUUUUGAGACUCUUCAUGUUAAAUUAAAGGAGUGUUGUUCUUGGCUUACUCGUGAUCUACCUGUGCCAUCCAAAAAAUGGUACAGAUCCAUUGAUGACGAGUUUUUAGAACGAUCAAGGAAAGCAUUGGAAGAAUACCUACAGACAUUAUUAGCUGAUGAAAAGCUGUGCUUGAGUGAAGAGCUGUACUCUUUUCUCAGCCCCAGUCCUGAACAUCUUAAGAAGCAGAGUGAACCAACCAAAAGAGGGUUUUCCCUUUUGUCAGUGUUAAAAAGCCUACCUUUUGACAUCAUUCCAGCAGAAGAAGCUGAUGAGGAAACAGGUCCUGAUCCAGAGGACAGUUCUCUGCGUAAAGAUUCUAUAGCUGAGCCAUUUUAUGGGUUGAUUGGUGAAAUAUUUGAGCUGAAAGGAGUUUUUAAGUGGCUGAGAAGAACUUUAAUAGCUUUUGUUCAAGUCACAUUUGGAGGCACAAUUAACAAGGAAAUCCAUCAUAUGGUUGAGUGGCUUGUGUCAGAAUCAAUGGUAAUGUACUACAUUCGUUUGUUCCGUGACUCAACAUGGCCUGGUGGGGAACUGGCUAAACCUGCUGUACAACGUACUGAUGCAGAGAAACUUAAGACAAGUAAAAGAGCAAGACAAAAACUUCUGAAAAACAUUCCAGAAGUUCUCCAGAAUCUGGUGGGAAAAAAAAAUAGUAAACUUGGAACUCUGAAGGUGUUUGAAGCAUUUCAGGAUAUCAGGGUUACCAAACACCUGUUUUAUGUUCUGUUUGAGCUCAUUUUAUUUACCAUUUGCCCUGAAGUGAUGUCUGAGGAAGUUAAGCAAAGAGCAAUGGUUUUGAUGAACAUGAAGAACAUGCAGCCAAUUUCACCUCACAUUGAUAAAUAAGGAACUGUUACUGUGGGAAAUUUUUAAAUGAGGCUUGGAUCAUUGGAAAAUUACUUACCUACAUGAGAUGUGUAUUGGGCCCACAUUGUAAUGCUCUCAAAACUUAUUGAGUAACAAUCAAAGUAUUAAUAAUUAUGCAGAAGCCCUUUUAAACUGUUCAAGGAUACACUUUUUGGAUAUAUCUCCAAAGAUUCUUGCCCAGUAUGGCUCUGUAAAAUUGUUGUCCACUAAAUCAUAUUUUCUCAGUUUUCCCACUUAACCUCUGAUUACUUUUAAUGUUAGAAUAAAACCAUAAUUUUGGACCUUUGUUGAGAAAAAAAUUUAAAAAUAAUUGGUUUGGAAAAACCUGACAGUCAUUCCCCUAUUUUCAUUGUUAGAAGUACCUCAGAAUUUCUGAAAAUGUUUUCAGUUUCUCUGUUAGGUACAAAUUUCACUGCCUAAUAUUCAAAGAUUUAUUUAUAUUAAUUUAUUUUUAUAUCAUGAUCUUCAGAAAUAAAAAGCUACAAUA